AUGAGCAAUGAUGUGAUCAACGCCGCUGCUAUUGGAUCAUUUGAAACUAAAUUUCUUCAACUAGCACAAGAUUUCUACCUCAAACAAAAUGUUUCUUCUUUUGAACCAGAUCAAAUAUUCGAAUAUCUGACACCGAUAUCAAAAUAUAUUCAUCACGAAAUAAAUCUUAUUAUGUCUUAUCUACCUCAAGAGAUGGCAAUAUCGAAAAAGUUAACUAACAUGGUACAAGACAUAUUUAUUCCUCAAGAUAUAUUUACUAUUAUUUUGGAAUACUUAAAAUCAAUCGUACAAAAUGAGAAUUCUCCAGAAUUAACAAGAUUUUAUAAACCAAUUAGUCAAAUCCCAAAAUUAAAGAACGAAGUGGCAAAAUUGAUCGAAACUCAUAUCUUUAUGAAAGGUACAAAUGCUAUUAAAUAUGUUAAUGAAAAAGAUCCAAAACUAUAUAUUGAAACAAUUCUUGAUAUUCACAAGAAAUACUUACAAUUUGUGCAAGACACUUUUGAUGGUGAACAAAUUUUUAUUACUGCACUCGAUAAAGCUUGUGGUAAACUCAUAAAUAAUGUUACAACAGAAGCCGGUGAUAGCUCAAUCAAAUCAUCUGAGUUAUUAGUUCGAUAUUGUGAUGCAUUAUUGAAAAAAGGAACUAAAACUAUUGAAGAAACUGAUUUCGAAGAAGAAUUCAAUAAAAUCAUGAUUGUUUUCAAUUACAUUGAAGAUAAAGAUAUUUUUGAAAGAUUGUAUCGAAAUCGGUUAGCGAAACGUUUAAUUUGUCAAUUAAGUGAUUCGGACGAUCAUGAGAAAUCUAUAGUUUUACAACUACAACGAAAAUGUGGUUUUGAAUAUACAACAAAAUUAGAACGAAUGUUACAAGAUGUUGAUGUCAGCAAAAUGCUAACAUCUGACUACAAAAAAUAUUGUGAAAAUCAUCAUAUAACUGAUAUAGUUGAUUUUUCUAUAAUGGUACUUACUUCAAAUUCAUGGUCUUUUUCUGAAAUACCGAGUCUCGUUGUUCCAGUUGAAUUAAAAUCAACAUCGAAUAGUUUCAUAGAUUUUUAUAAUCAUGAUCAUAAUGGUCGAAAAUUAAUAUGGCUUCACCAAUAUUCAAAAGGAGAACUGCAAACAUCUUUUACAUCACAAAAAUAUAUUUUUCAAGUAUCAACUUAUCAGAUGGCGGUUUUAUUAUUAUUUAAUAAAUCUUUAACUUGGACAGUUGAACGACUACAUGAUGAAACACAAAUUAAACUUGAUACACUACUUCAAGUUAUUAGUAGUUUGUUGAAGAAUAAAAUAUUAAUAUGCGAAAAUAUCAAUACAGAUGACGAUCUCAAACAUACUGAUAUUCAUAUGAAUUAUACAAUUCAAUUAUCAAAUGAUUUUAAAAGUAAAAAACUUCGAUUAAACCUAAAUGUUCCAUUGAAAUAUAUCGACCAGAAAAGCAUUUGCGUUGAUGAUGCAAUCAAUAAUAAUCGUAAAAUGGUCAUGCAGGCAACCAUUGUUCGAAUAAUGAAAGCUAGACAAAUAUUAGAAUAUGCAUUAUUAAUACAAGAAGUAAUUCAACAAUUAACUCCGCGUUUUAUACCAAAAAUUCCUGUUAUUAAAAAAACUAUUGAUACUUUAAUCGAAAAAGAAUAUCUUGAACGACAAUCCGAUGACAAAAAUAUUCUAAAAUAUUUGGCUUAG